CGUCAUUUCCCGGAAACUAUCGCAACACGGAAGUGUAGGAAAGAAAACAAAUAAUCAUUCCAAUUUGUGUCGAGUUGAAGUCGGAGAAGACGCCUUAAACACCGUUUAACCUUCCGGAUAACCGGCAUUUGACGACACGAUGGACUUCCUGUUUGGGAAGAGGAAGACUCCGGAGGAGAUGCUGAGGCAGAAUCAGAGGGCGCUCAACAAAGCCAUGAGAGAACUGGACCGAGAGCGACAGAAGCUGGAGCAACAGGAGAAGAAGAUCAUCGCUGACAUUAAGAAAAUGGCCAAACAGGGACAAAUGGACGCCGUCAAGAUCAUGGCCAAGGAUUUGGUCCGCACAAGGCGCUACGUCAAGAAGUUCAUCAUGAUGAAAGCCAACAUUCAGGCCGUCAGUCUAAAGAUCCAGACGCUCAAGUCCAACAACAGCAUGGCGCAGGCUAUGAAAGGCGUCACCAAAGCCAUGGCCACCAUGAACAGACAGCUGAAACUGCCUCAGAUUCAGAAGAUCAUGAUGGAGUUUGAAAAACAGAGUGAAAUGAUGGACAUGAAGGAGGAGAUGAUGAAUGACGCUAUCGACGAUGCCAUGGGGGAUGAGGAUGAUGAGGAGGAGAGUGACGCCAUCGUGUCCCAAGUGCUUGAUGAGCUGGGUCUCAAUAUGUCCGAUGAACUGUCAAAUCUUCCGAGCACCGGAGGAAGCUUGUCGGUGGCCGGAGGAAAGAAGGUCGAGCCCCAAGCAGCCCUGGCUGACGCAGACGCCGAUCUGGAGGAGCGGCUGAAUAAACUCCGGAAAGAUUGAACACGCAGUCAAGUGUCAGACACUGUGGCGGGGUUGUUAAUACAGAUACAAACCUACUCGAAUCUCUGUGUUUAGAUUCUUUUGAAGGUAUAACUGGUAUGACAUGUGCUGUUUCAGCUGUGUUAUAAAAGCUGUGUGGCUUUCUGUUCUGAGGUGUUUUCAUUUUAACGUAUAUUAUGUAUUUUAUCAAAAAUAGAAAAACCUACAAGGGUCAUUAUCCUUCAUAGGUCUUGUCUCAUUUAUUGCCAAAUUACACAAAUUCUCUGAAAGGGAAAAUAUAUCUUGCAGACCGUGUAAAUACUAACUCAAGGCAUGUUUUUUUUCUUUUCAUGAUGACGAUUUAAAUUAACAUUAGUUAUGUUUAAAAGAACCCAAAUGAAAGUUGCUAACAGGACAGAAGUAGAUAUUUUAUAUGUCAGCACUUUUUGUACAUCAGGCUGGUUUGAAGUUCUUUGUAUCAUCAUCAUCAUCAUCAUCAUCAUCAUCAUCAUCAUCAUCAUCAUCAUAUAAAAUAUACAGUUACAGAUGUGAGCUUUUUGAUUAUGUUUAUUUGUGGGAGUUGUCAGUCGUCAGGGUCCAGCUGAUGAUGGUGUACAAAAAGUGUCUUUUCUGUCUAAAUUCACUAAUUGGACGGAUUAUUUUACACAAAUGUACAAAGGAUGAAAGAAAGGUAUGUCCAGCUGACUCCUGUGUACUGCCUGGUAAAGGUAUCUCAGUGGUGUUUUUUGAGAUCAGCAGGAUUUUCACCAAAAAGUUAGGAGUCAGUGUUGUUUGUUUUUUGGGAAACUGUCCUGUUUUUGCUUUUCUUUAUUCAAUAAACAUUUUUUCCAGAUUGAA